GUUAAUAGAUAGAUAUAUAUCCAAAGGGUAUGUGCUAUAGAUUGAAGAAGAAGAAGAUAGUAUAUUUUUACCCGAAUAGAUUUAUUUCUAUACAAAGGAGAGAAACAGAUAGAAACGCGAGGCGCCGCUGCACAAUUUAGUAUUAUUGCAAGAUUCACUGCAUUCUUUUCGUUUACUUUCCCAAAUAUAAAACCCUUUAGCUUAAUCCAAUCAAAAUUUUCGUGAUUUCCGAUAGUUUGUAAUCUGAACUGGAUAGGUUGUGAUCUUGCCGAGUGAAUAAAUGAUUUCGUGGUUUUUCUCCUUGUACGAUAGAGAAGGCAAUGCAUAUUAUGCUACCUGUUCUGCUUCUUAUUUUGCUUUGCGUCUGAGUUUGGCUGCUGGGAUAUUUGAAGGGACACCAACUGGGAUGGCCUUGCGCCGGGUGGAUAGAUAGUUUGCCAUCUAGCGAUAUAGUUGUUGAAGUUUAUGUAGGAUUAUUGUUUACAAUUCUAGGAAACUGAUGAGUAUGAUAAGAACAUUCUUCGGACUCGUGAUAAUUUCUGGUGAUUGGUUUCCUCAUAUAAUUUUAGAAGGAUAAAAGGCCAUUAUUUGGUUUAAUCAGUUGUCACUCUAUUGCUAAAUAGUUAGUGCAUCAAAAUUGGAGGUUGUGGGGGGUCGAGUAAAGAGUAAAACGAGUAAGCUGCUCUGUCAGUCAUGGGCUUGCCUCAAGUUCCAUCAGGAAGUGUAGCUGAUGAAGUGUCAACAACGGUGAGCUCAAUGAUGCAGAUACCCACACGGUUUGGUGCUGCAGGAAGCUUUGGUGUGAGCGAGAGGCACAUUAGACAGUCGAACAGUCGCAUAACUGAUGACUUUCCGUGCUCUUCGUUUGGGGAACGUGCAAAGGAAUGUGGUACGGUUAGCUUGCAUCAAGAUGGUGUUCCCAAUCUGCAAAAAUUGAGGAUUGAAUCUAUAGACAAAACUAGCUUCUUGUCGCGUCAUGGUGGAAAGAACAUUCAGACUCCUGCUUCGAGGAUUGUGGGUUUUGAACCUAACGGAUUGAUUAACUGUGCCAAUCAGUAUGAAGACAAACAACCUGAUAGCAUUCAUUUGUCUUGUGGAAAUAGUAUGACUUGCAAUACAAGUGAAAACUCAAGUUCAAUGGUUAGGAAAAGGCUAUUGUCGCCUUUGAAUGGUAUGGUUUUGCCUGAUGGAUUUAGAGGUGAGCGUCUGGAAAUCGGGAACACAUCCUACCUCGAGGAUUUUCACUUAAGAGGUGGUAGUUAUGGCAUUACCCUGAAAGAAAAUAAAAAAGCUCACAUAGGUAACUUGGACCAUGGCAGUCCUCCUAAUUGGUCUAUACCUAUCUUUUCAAGGAGUAGUAGUCCAUCGGAAGAAGAUUGUGAUGUCAACUGCAGGAUCAUUACCGAUGGGCCCUUGUUUGAAAAUCAUGGAUGUGUGUCUCAGAAUCUCCUCUCUUCAUACAGUGGUCUUACAUUUUGUGGUGGAAAAAUUGAAACACCAUCUAAGGAUAGAGCAGUGAGUAUAUCGCGUGAUGCUUUUGUCUCCACUCCAUUGUCUCUAUCCCCUCUUGGACCAAGAUUUUGUGGGAGAAUAAGAAAUUCUCAAGGAUCUCGGGAUCCCAAAAGAGAGCUUGAUGAGAGCUGUAUAACCUUUAAAGAUGUUGAACAGUCUCUUGAAGGAACCAUCUCGAGCUUUGUGUCAUCUCACAGGGAUGAGAAUGCCAUCAUGUCGAGCAGAGGGCUUGAAGAUGAUGAAUUUUUCUUGUUGAACUUUGAUCAAUUAACACCGGAGAGUUUGAUAUCUAUUCACGGACAUAAUAGAAAGUCUACUACUCAAAAUGCAAAAUUCGGUAGAUCCCUGAGUGGGUUAUCAGUCAGAAGGUCGUUAGUUGGUUCAUUUGAGGAAUCACUGUUAUCUGGUAGGUUAGCUUCCGGGAUUGCCAACCAGAAAAUUGAUGGUUUCCUUGCUGUACUAAAUAUUACCGGAGGAAAAUUCUCACCUCAUCCGCAGAAACUUCCAUUUUCUGUAACUAGUGUUGAUGGUGAUAAUUACUUAUUAUACUACUCAUCUAUAGAUCUUUCUGGACAUUCCUCUUCAAACAAAUGUGAAGGUCCUAUAUUGAAGAGAAGCCUCAGUGCGAAUGGCUCCACUGAUGAUAAAGCUCGCCUGAAAAUACCUAUGAAGGGCCGGUUGCAAUUGGUCCUAAGCAAUCCGGAAAGAACACCAAUUCAUACAUUCUUCUGUAACUAUGAUUUGAGUGAUAUGCCGGCUGGCACUAAGACAUUCCUCAGGCAGAAGGCCACUUUGGCUGUGGAUAGAGGUGGACAGAAAGAAUCUGGUGUGACAAAUGAGGGAUCAGUCCCCUCGCUUUCAGUAUCAGGUGAUUCCUUACAGCAGAGGACACUUUGUACCGAUGCAUGCAGCUUGUUAGAGAAUAAUUGCGGGAAUAUAGAUAACAUUUCUUUCAGUUUGUCUGGUGGAAAAGAAAGUAAAUCUGUAUGUUGCCGGUCAAAGGUUAAUAAGAAUACUACAGGCUCUAGUGUUCUGCGUUAUGCCUUACAUCUCCGUUUUGUUUGCCCCCACGCGAAGAAGAACUCAAAACAUUGUACGAAAUCUAAAUCCGGCCCAUCCUCCCUACCAUCAAAUAACAAUAUGGACAGUCAAGAAGAACGCCGGUUUUACUUGUCCAAUGAGAUGAGAGUCGUGUUCCCUCAGCGCCAUUCAGAUUCUGAUGAGGGCAAGUUGCAAGUGGAAUACGAUUAUCCCUCGAAUCCAAAGUAUUUCGACAUCAGUCAAUAACGAGGUUGAUUCGAUGAUUCCCUGAUUUGGUUAUUUUGUAUAUAUUUGUACAUACAUGUUAUAGAUGCUGAUAGAUGGGUUGAGCCAAAACCCUCAUCACAUGUAAAUUCAUGCCCAAUAACCAGUUGCUUGUGUUGUACAGUUUGCACAUUCAACAUCUAUUUAUCCACAAAAUAAAUUAACCAUUUGGAUUACAAACAAAA